AUGUUGAGUCUGAUCACUCUAUGUGCCUUAUCCUGCCUCGUUCUGGGUCAGGAGAUGGGGUUUCCCCUCGAGACUGAUGAAUUGGCCAGGAAAGAAAUACGCAAAUCUGGUUUAAAGAGUGUGCUCAUUCCCGAAACUGCGAAUCUUCGGCAACAGUACCUGAACUCCGUGGCGACUGCAGAGGAGACCCCGUGCAACUUACCGACAACGUCACAGUUGAGAGAAUGUGCAACUUGUGUCAAAAGGAGAUGUUUGGAUAGAGCCGAGCACAUAUGCUCAACAAACCGUUAUUUCGAUGCCAAGCGCCAGAUUGAAACGUUCAUCAAUGAAGAGUUACCUGCCCAUGUCUAUCCUGACAUCGUUGAUCUGUCCGCUGAUGACGCUUUAUCAGAGUAUGACGCAUUCGUCGUGGAAUAUCAGUCAGUUAGACGAAAGCGAGCCUCUCAGGUAAAACCGCCAUUUUGUCCUGAACUGAGAUUGAAUGCCUCAGCUUGCGCCUUCUUCAUGCCGGAGUGCCCAUGCAAACCAGUUUGUUUUGCCUACGCUGAGGCGUUGGAAGCUAAAUCUCUAUUUCAAGACGCCGUGCCCGCAUUUCUUACUGGAUACAACGUUGAGAUGGUUAAAAUGGAUUUGACAACGUUCAAUGCAACAGCAGGGGGUUUUACUCUAACAAAAGUACGAGUUACCAUGGCCGGGGAAACGUACGAGUUCUGCGCAGAUCAACCGAUGCUUCCGUACUCCACAGACAACACGGGACCCAAACCAUCAAGUCCACUUAGGGUUACCCAGAAUGCAUCUCAGGAAUACAGGCUAAUGCGCCACCUGUUGGACAAUUACGAACCGGCUGUUCGGCCAGUGAUGAAUUCGUCACAUACGGUGAAAAUUGGCCUUGGACUGACACUGACCCAGAUUUUGGACUUGGACGAAAAGAAUCAAGUUCUUACGACGAAUGUUUGGAUGGAAGCGGAAAGUUACUUGAUAGAAUGGAUCGAUGAGAAGUUGCACUGGAGCUCGGCUGAUUUUUGGCGACUCAGGAAGGUUAGGAUUCCAAAUACCCUGAUUUGGCUGCCUGACAUUGUGCUGUACAACAGUGCUGACGACUACACCGACGGUUUCAUGCGAGCCUUGGCCAUGGUCAAUGACGACGGCCGGGUUUUCUGGGGGCCCGUGGUGAGAUUCCGAAGCUCUUGUCAGAUUGACAUAACCUACUUCCCGUUCGAUGACCAGAUCUGCAGAAUGAAGAUGGGAUCCUGGGCUUACAAUGGUUUCCAGGUUGACGUAACGAACAGGUCUAAUACCAUUGACUUAUCUGAAUUUGUGGAUAACGGAGAAUGGGAACUCGUCAGUGUUAAAGUCCAGCGUAACGUCGUCUAUUACAAUUGCUGCCCAGAACCCUUCCCGGAUGUGACUUUCUACAUCCACCUGCGCAGGCGCAUCACAUACUAUAUCAUGAACAUCAUCAUUCCGUGUAUCGUACUCUCCGUGCUGUGCCUGGCUGGAUUUCUCCUACCGGCAGAGAGUGGAGAGAAAGUGACUCUCGGUCUGUCCGUCCUUCUUACACUCACAGUGUUCAUGUUGAUGGUGGCUGACAAAACGCCGCAGACGUCUGAGUCCGUCUCUGUUAUAGGCAUUUACCUGCUGGUGGUUUUGACGACAAGUUGUCUUUCAGUCCUGACGGCGGUUAUAGUUUUAGGCAUUCAUCACCAGAGAGGGAAACCCGAGCCUCUACCAAGAUGGCUGCGGUUUCUGGCCUUUCGGGUCGUUGCCCCGAUUCUCUGCGUGCGAUUUAAAGGGAGGAAAAAUUUUCGCCGUACCAACAGCAUUGUCGAGGACAAAACCAAGAGAAAAUCUCGCUCUCGCGUGAGAUCUGAGACGUACGAACUUUUAAAAAUAGAUAAUAAGAAAAAGGACACGCUGUGCGAGGAUCCUCUGUUUUACCUGGAAGGAAAAUGUUCUCUGACGGAUUAUCAGCAGCAGGUGUGUCACAUGAUCCAUGUGCUACAACGUCACCACGAGGACGAGUUACGUGACGAAGACACGUUACAGGAAUGGCGGGAAGCCGCCGUCGUCAUUGAUCGACUGCUUUUUGUUUUGUUCUUCAUCUCCACAAGUUUGUCUACAGUAAUCCUCUUGACACUACGUCCGCCUGAGUAGACGUGCUGGUUUAAACAUCUCUUUAAAAUGUGUUAAUAUUGAGGAAGUCUUCUCAAGCUGAAAUAUUUUGAGAAAAUGAUGAUAAGAAAAGUGUGCUAUCAUGUAGUUAUCCUUCUAUAAGUAUGCCGAAGUUGGUGAUGAGAAAAAUGUGCUAUCACACAGGAAUCCUCCCGAUGCUACGUCUCUCUGAGUAGACGUACUAACGAAGUUUACUGUCGCAGGACAAUCUUCACAGUAGGCCGAGCAUGAAAUAUUUUGGAAGAAAAGUGUGCAGUCGAACGGGAAUCUUUCUAACUACAUCCUCCUGCGCAGAGCUGACAUAAAUAUGCCUGUUACAAAAUGUGCUUUUACAUAUGGAAUCCUACUGAAAGUAUGCUCAGAUCGAAUUAUAAUUUGAGAUAUGGGCGUAGUUUCAAAUAAAUCUUUCUGACUCCAUAUUCGCCUGUGUACACAUACUGACAAAAACACCUAUCAGAAAGUGUUCCGUCAUACUGGACUCCUGACAAUAUCUCCAGGGUGAAGUGGAUUGUGAAAAAAUUGUGUUAACUGAAUGUAAUCCAUCUGGCGUUACACCUGUUUGAGGACACCUAUAUGUAUCUUGGACAGAAUUUGUAGUAAUGACACAACGUGUACGGACAAAUCUGCUGACAACAGGUGAAAUGACAAUCUGAUUAUUGUUUAAAGAAAGGCAGACUAAGUCUACUGUAUCUAUAUGUGUGUGGAUUAAAUGUAAAAGAUAUGUAAUGCUGGAAAGUCAACGGACAACGUUUGCAGCUGUAGUGUUGCCAAAACCUGGGUAGACAAAUCGAAGGCUUUAUACAGAUUGCCACUUCUUAAUGUAUUUGACGUAACGUUUCAGUGAAAAUUUUACCAAUAUUCUGAAGUACAGUUAAAAACGUUUGGAUAAGGCACAGAUAUACGCGAGAGAACCACGUAAAUUCCGAAGUUUCUGUCAAUAUAUAAUUCCUUUACACUUGAUUCAUCACUGAUGUCUAAAUCCCACAUAAUGAGCUAAAUAGCCAAUUAAACUAGAGGGUGGGGGCAAAGAUUUAACAAACUAUGUAACGUCAAGAAAAAAUGGGGAUACAUCCCUAUGUGAUUUAAACAUGCCCUAUAACGCAAAAGCGCUAGAAGAGCUAAACGCCUGUGCACAAUAAUAAACGACUAUCCAAAAUUGAAAAGAUUUUCUAAGAAGUAGAAGGAAAUAGAAUCGAACACCUUUUCAAAAUCAAUAGGUCUGCUGGAAUGUAGUUUGUUUCAACGAAGUGCCGGGUAUUUUUUGACUUGCUCACCAUAUGCAGUUAAGUAGUGGUCAACAGGUCGGUGUCAGUAUACGGCCACUGUAUGGGGCGU